AUGGAGACUCAGGGGUCCUUUUUGAACGGCGCGGAGCCUUCUCCCCCUCUUCCUGAUGCAACGAAAGAAGCGGAGAAAGAAGAGACGCGAGAAGGAGAAGGAGGAGAAGAAGAGCAGCAACAGCGAGUGGAAGAAGAAGAUUUCCCCGGGGAGGAGGAAAAGAAGGAAAGAAGUGAAAUGAACAAAGAGGAAGAAGGAGGAGACGAAGAAGCACCGACGACGACGACAACGACAAUAGAAACAGACGUGAAGAAGGCGAAGAAAAAGAAGAAAGGGAAGAAAGCAGUCUUCAACCAGGUUUCGCCGUUCGUGCGAAACGUCGUGAACCUUUUGCGGCAAGCCGAAUCGACGGAACCGUACUUCACCACGCCGACGUGGAGGAGAACGCCGUUCGAACCGAUUCCUUACAAAGCCUUAAAGAAGUACGAACCGGCGCCGGAUAUGCCAGAACUGGACGCGAAAUAUAUCGAAGAAAAGUUAAAUACGUCUUUACCACCCGGGUGGACGGACAUUCCGCCGAUUCCGAAGGAGUUCCAAGACGUGUUAGACGCGCACCGACAAAAUCGUGUUCCACUGUGUCCAUCACAAAAGUCAUCGGCGAAAGAGGAGACGAUUAAUGGUACGCACGAUUAUUGCAACACGAACGGGGCUAUCAACGGUACGACCGAUGUUGAAAAGCCGCAAACGCUUAGCUUUGAAGAGUUACCGGCGUGGGCGAAGUGGGCGCGACCAGAUGUUUCGAAUCACGUGCCCUUGAAACUGGGCGAAGAUAUCGAGAUUCGGCAUUUAUGGGGUAUGGACUGUUACACUCGCGCGGCGGUUCUGGCGGCAGUUUCGCAAGCAGAAGGAUAUCAGGGACCAGAAAAUAUCAAGAAACGAGAAAAGUUUUUGACGAAAAAGCUCAUGCCAAAGGUGCACGCGUUACAUGAAGAAGGUUGGGACAUGGAGAAAGCUGCGCAAAAUCUCGCGGAAGACUCGGAGAGAGAACGGGAUGUGGAAACAAAAGGUGCGGCAGAGUGUUUGAUUCGUGCAAUUAAAGAGAUUGACGAAGCCGAAGUGCACACAAAAGACGGGAAGAGAUCUGCGAAAGAUCCGCAACAAACGGGCGAACAAGCGCAGCAGCUCACAAGCGCUGCUUCAAAAUCAGGUCGAACUACCAGGAGCGGGAACAAUGAAGUCAUUACCACCACAACUACUGCUGCCGAUAUUAACAACAGCGGUUUCGAAGAAAGUGUAUUGCCGGCUGAAGAGGGACCUACCGAUGGAAUCGAUGCGGAGCGAACUCAAACGAACGGUGCGGCGACGGCAAUGGACGUCGACGAGAACGUCGACAUUGUUUCCGCUAAAAAUAGAGCGGAAGUGAAGAACGAAGAAGAAGAAGAAGAAGGAGAAGGAGAAGAGAUCGAUCCGCGAACUUUGCGGCGGCAUUAUCGAUUGCAUCCAAAAGGCGUAGGUGUGGUUUGCAUCCGUAAAGAAGGUUUACAACCGGGUAUGUUUGUUAAUCAUUAUCUCGGCGAGAUGUAUUCUCCCUGGCGAUGGUACGAACGUUGCGACGCGAUGAAGAAGCGCAAUCCCAAUCAAGAGCUUCCCUCGUUUUUUAAUAUCACUUUGGAGAGACCGAAAGAUGAUGUUCGAGGUAAAGAUACGGUAUUCGUAGAAGCCAUGCAUGAAUGCGAAUUUGCUUCUCGAAUGUCACAUUCUUGUGCGGGGAAUUGUCAAACCACGGUAAUUUCGCACGAGGGGAAGCUUUCAAUAGGAGUUUAUACCAACUCCAAGAUCGAAUGCGGCGAAGAGUUGUGCUGGGAUUAUUCGUGUGUGACGGAAAGCGAGAAAGAAUUUCGAGCGGCUAUUUGUUUGUGUUCGAGUCCUAACUGCCGUGGCUCGUUUCUUUCUUACGCGGGGAGUUCCACGUUUACCGCGGUGAUGAACGAGAAGCACAACUUUUUGCAUCGAAACGCUAUGCUCUGUCGAGCGUGCUCGGAACCGCUGACUGAUGAAGAUUUAGCUCUCCUCUCUGAUUAUGGCAUUCGAGAUUCCGCAUUGAAUACCCUCUCAGGUGAAAGAGCACCAGAUUGGCUCGUAAAGUGGGCAUCUUUGAUUUUGCGAUAUGUGCAAUUGGAGGAGAAAUUACUUCCCGAGGCGCUGUGCAAUCUGCCCAUGCAAAAGGGAGUGAAGUAUAAUCUAGAAGGGGCAAAGGCUGAAACCUACGGUGUCGUCGCAACGCGAUUACAGAAUAUUGUCGUAACACUCGACAAGAUCAAGUACUUCUUGAGACAACCUGAGCAGUCCGAUAAACCUUUCAUGCGGGAAGCUACUGAGGCGGAUAUCAUCGAACAUUUGUGGACAGGUUCAGAAUCGAUUCUCGUGCGCGCGAUUGGCGCACUCUCGAAAGCGUGCGGUAUACUGAAGAAUGUACCUCGAAGAAAGGGUUCGCGAGACACUAGGGCUGCCGUCGUGGAAACGAGCACUGCUCCUGCGGAAGUAUUACCACCGAAAGUUGAGGAGAUGGACGCGAAUCUUACGUUAACUACGACGGAGGAGCCGAUGAAAGAAGAAAAAAUCGAAGAAGAAGAGGCACAGAAAGAAGCGAGCCAGGGAGAAAAAAUAUCAGAUGAAAUUGUGACGACGACGGCGGCGGGGACGACAACGACGACAACGACGACGGCAACUCUCACAAUCGCGACUGUAACAGAAGAAGGAGAAAGAGCGAAUGAUUUUGCUCCAACUGUAACAGAAGAGAUCACGAAGGAACAAAAUUCUGGCCCAGUGGAUGACUCAACUGCGGACGACCACGCUAUUGCUAUGGCGUUGUCGGAAGGAUACGAUCUCCCUCCUUUGAAAAAAAUAAAUACGAAUCAGGCAUCCACACUGGCUGCUGUUCCGUCAUCAGUUGGACAAGAUGAAGUUCCAAACACCAUCUCUGCGAAGAAGAUAAAGGAGAAGAAAACGACCCGGACUUUUACGGGUAAUCCGACACAGGUUCUCGACGACAUCAUCGCAAAAUCGAAAAUGACGCCGUCGACGGCGAGCGAAGCCAAACAAUGGCUCGCUGAAGUAUCGGAUUCCAUUCGAAACUUGGGUAUCGAACACUGCGCGUGCGCAGAUCUUCUACUCAUGUACGCGCGUACUCAGCGAUGGUUCACGCCUGAAAAGUUUGUCGGCUUCAUGUCGCCUCCCGUGCAGCUUCGCGAACACGAUCCAGGAUGUAAACAAACGGCGAGCAAAAUUUCUAUUCACGUAAAAAAUACACUUACGAAAAAGUAUCAGCCGCAUUACCCGUGGGGUCAAAUGUGCUCGUGGUUUAAACAAACAAUUUACGACCCGACUGCUUCUCUUUCCGCCGACAGACGAGGUACUCUGUCGUUGCCAGAUGUAGAAUCUGCGUACAACAACGGCGGCGCCUACGUGAAAACGGAUCGAAAACAAUUGUUCCGAAUUUUGCGAGAAAACGCGUCGAGAAAUUGGCCGACAACAAUGCAGUGGAGUUUUAAAAACUACGCUAAAAUGUAUGGCUCACCGUGGUUUGACGACGCUUUGCGAGAAACGCAAGCGGAUUUUGCUGCUUUGAAAGAAGGACAGGAGCAGGACAUGGGGAUGCGCGAGACCAAAGAACAGACGUUUGGAUUUUUAGACGAGGUCGAAGGAUUGAUGUCAACUGGUACGACAUCCUCUGUUGGUUUCGCGAGAACAUUUAGGAAGAAGAAGCGCGGUAAAACUAGUGCAGGAAUAGGGAAGCAUAAGAAGGAAACGGCGUCGGUGGCGAAGCCGGGGGCGCAACCGAAACAGCCUGGUCAGAACAACAACAAGAAGAAGAGAUCUUUAAACCAUUUGUACGCGAAAGGCCCAGAUGGGAAAGCGUUUAAAUGUGGCACUUGCAGGACUUGCUUGAACCCUAAGCUGAAGAAACGGUGCAUAAACACGCCGCUUUUGGAAGAUGUGGAUGUCGGCGAUGUCAAAGUGGAAGAUUUAGUACCAGGAGCCGUGGUGUAUGGGACGACAAUUGACUCUUUGAUGACGAUGCUGUGUUCAAAAUGCCAAAGCGGCGAUGACGAAGAGAAAAUGCUCAUCUGUGAUGGUUGCGACGGGAGUUUGCACACGUAUUGCGUCGGAUUAGAUGAAAUUCCCUCGUGUGAGCAUUGGUUUUGCGAUGCUUGCGCCGGAGGCCCGAAAGAAAAGGCGUUCUAUGAACGCAAGCGCACCGCGAUAUUACAGACGAAAGGACUUUUACCUAUUCCAAAGAAGGUGGCUGCGGUAACGACAACGACGAUAGCACCACCAACAACUGCAGAACCAGCAGCAGCGACACCACUACCACCACCGACAACAACAUUGGUAACGCCAAUUCUUCCUCUUUGUACCGCCACUUCUGCCGAUGCUAGUGUUGGUUUCACUACCGCCUCCGAAGAACCUAAACGCGAGAAUGUCGAAUAA